UCCACGGCUCUCAUUUAGCUGUGUCAAACCGUGAGGGCAUCAAUUGAAGCCUCGCGCUUCGAGAUUUGUUCUCUGCGGAGAUCUGUUGGCAACAUGCCUCCCUUACGCGCCUGCUAUAAGAGACUGGCAGUUCCACGAACUCAAGGGGCGUCCACACGCUCGUAUCGCACCUCCGAACCUCGACAUUUCGCAAACAACCGACCGCAUCUUCUUUUCAUAUCUCGAGGCAGCAGGCCACGGCCUCAAUUGUCAUUUCUACACCCCAGUACCUUCGGCAGACCUGGUGAUAAAGGCCGAUUGAUGUCCACAGAGGACAGAGCAUACUGGUGGUUCGUGGGAAAAUUGUCAUUGAAAUGGCAGAACAUAAAUAUCCAACACCUCUAGAAUGGUAUUACUUUAUGAGAAAGCACUAUCGAGCCGCGAAAAGCUUCGAGGAUCCUGCAAGGAGCGGGCUGGGCCAGCCAGACUGGGUGAAAGCUGGAAGACAUUGGAAUCUUGCUAUGGCUGGCUGUGAAUGUACAAACUAUGACGGUGUUGAGGGUGGCCCUGAUAAUCCCAAGCACAACGGAACAUGGAUACAAGGUUUUGACGUGCGACAUAAAAGCGAACAGUGGCGACGGGCAUACUUCGAGGUUUUGAUGGGAAGUGCGCGAGCGGCAGAGCAUCUUGAGGGCUGGGUCUAUGAUACAAGGAAUAUGGUGGCAUGGUCAGGAGAUCAGAUUAUCGGUCCAUCGAAUCCCAAUAGGAAACCAACGGCACCUACUGGCGUCGAGCCACCACGCGAGGAGUUCUGCAGACCAGUACCGUACUGGAGACCUGCUGAUAUAUACUACAACAAAAUUGCGACCAUGGUAGGCUUCACUUCUAGCCAGAAUCUUCAGGGUGCAAUCGGGUGCGGCGACUGGGCUCUAGCCCAUUCCCAGCCAGACGUCGCAUACGAGAAGUACAAGCAGGCCUUCGACAUAGCUACAAAAAACAUACCAAAUGCAUCGACCAUUGUCGACACCUCAACAGGCAUCAUUCAAACCCCAAGUUCAGCCACCGCAAACAUCAUCCAAGCCUCUACAUCCAUGGCAACCUACUACGCCCAAACAAACAACUACGCCAACGCUCUCCCAGCCUACCUCUCCGUCCUUCGCGCCCGCCGCGCAGCACCCACAAACCCACCGAAAACCGCCCCAAAACGCAAUAAAACCAUCUUCGACCCCCUAAAGAUGCUCUUCAUCCCCCCUGAAUUCCCACCCGUCCCGCCAACCGGCGACGAGCCUUUCGCCCGCAGCGCCGAAGACGACUGCGAAGACGCCGUGCUCAUGACCUACAUAGGCGAGAUCCUGUACGCAAUCAACGACCACGACAGCGGCUUGCGCUGGACGCGCGACGCCAUCGCCCAAGCCGAAGAAUGCGCUCGCGACGGCCGCCUGCCGCGCAAAGUGCAGAACAAGGGCCUGGAGUGUGCGCAAAUAGGCCUGCGCAAUAUGAAACUGAUGGUUGCCGAGAUGGCCGAGGACGACGUGCAGAGCGCGGAGCGUAGGGCGCAGAGUUGGCGGCCUCGGUGGCUGGGAGGCGGUAAUCGCGCCGGCGAGGACGCGCAGAGCAAGACGGUGAUGUGGACGAAGGAGCUGGAAGAUUUGGACGAGAGAAGUGAGAAGUGGCGGGAAGAGGCGCUGAGGAGGCUGGUGUUUGAGAGUAAGGACGAGACGUUCAAUCCGAUCAAGUGGCUGAUGGAGAAUUGGAAGCGGCAUGGCUGAGCUGGGGGCUAUGUGCGACUGUAUAUACUAGAUGUCCAGGUGCACUUCUGACGAAUGUACUAUAUUAUAUGUAUAUGCCCCUGCUGAACGAGAUAUCUUC